AUGCUCCGGCCAUGGCCCAGCGGCGCCGUCCGCAUCCUUUGCCGGGUCAAUCGGCCAUUCCUGGCUCGCCCCCAUGUUAAUGCCGCUCCUUUCAUCUUGACGCGCAAUCUUCAGUCCGCCGCUUCAACAGACCGCGUCCCCCUCCGCAAGCAGCUUAAGCAGGAGGCUAAAGCUCUCAAGGCACAGAAGAAGCUGCGCAAAGGGUCCGAGGAGGCCUCAAGGCAAGAAUGGGAGUUGACAGUGGGUGUCGAAAUCCACGCGCAACUGGAUACUGAAGCAAAAUUGUUCUCUCGUGCCCCGACGUCUACGAGUGAGCACCCCAAUUCCAAUGUCGCCUUGUUCGACCUUGCCUUCCCGGGCAGUCAGCCGGAAUUCCAAGCCGCCACCCUCCUCCCAGCCCUCCGCGCCGCCAUAGCCUUGAAUUGUCAGAUCCAGCCCGUCAGUCGAUUCGAUCGCAAACACUAUUUUUACCAAGACCAGCCAGCUGGUUAUCAAAUCACACAGUACUAUGAGCCGUUCGCACGAAGUGGAUAUGUGGACCUAUUUGACUACGAUGGCAUUGCCCCGGAGGAUGGCGAUCGGGUCCGCGUGGACAUCAAGCAGGUCCAACUAGAGCAGGAUACCGCCAAAUCCCAAGAAUACCCGCCCGCGACACAGCUCCUCGAUUUCAACCGCGUCUCCCAUCCGCUGAUCGAGAUCAUUACCAUGCCGCAAAUACAUACCCCUGCGACCGCUGCCGCCUGUGUUCGAAAACUCCAGGCGAUUCUACAAGCAUGUGGUGCCGUGACAACGGGAAUGGAACUGGGUGGACUGCGUGCCGAUGUCAAUGUCUCGAUCCGCCGUCGCGGGGAGGCCCCGGGGCAGUGUCAAUAUGAUGGGAUCGGUGGACUGGGUCAGCGCACGGAAAUCAAAAAUCUGAGCAGCUUCAAGGCGGUGGAAGACGCCAUUGUCGCUGAGAAGAACCGCCAGAUCGCGGUCCUGGAGAGCGGCGGUGUGAUUGAAGGUGAGACGCGUGGAUGGACCAUUGGCAGUACCGAGACACGCAGGUUACGAGGGAAAGAGGGUGCGGUGGACUACCGCUACAUGCCCGACCCGGAUAUUCCCCCACUGGUGAUCGGACAAGAUUUGAUUUCCAGUUUGGUGGAGUCGUUGCCAACCUCCCCAGAUUCCCUCGUGGCGCAGCUAACUGGCCCUGAAUACGGUCUCUCGAUCGAAGACGCAAAACCGUUGAUUGAGCUGGAUAACGGGGCUCGGUUGGAGUAUUACCAGGAUGUGGUGGAUAUUCUCCGGUCUCUGCACCCCGACCAGGAACCCCAGACCCAGGCGGCUCUCACACGAAUGGCGGGGAAUUGGGUUCUCCACGAGCUCGGCGGGCUUUUGACCAAGGCGGACCGGGCCUGGGACGACCAGAUUGUCCCGGCCCGGUCAUUGGCGGAUAUCGUCGAUUAUCUCCAGCAGAAGCGCAUUACAGGAUCUAUUGCGAAGCAGGUUCUGGCAGCCGUGUUUGAUGGCGAUCGGCGACUUGUGCCACAGCUGCUGGAGGAAGACAAUCUUCUGCUGCGGCCGCUGUCUCGUGAGGAGUACGUGGCACUGGCCGAAACGGUUCUCGCGCAAAGGCCAGAGAUGGUUGAGCAGAUCCGCAGCAAGAACCAGUUGGGUAAAAUGGGCUGGUUCUUGGGCCAGAUGAUGCGCUUGGGGGAGAAGGGCCGCGUUGAAGCACCCAAGGCCCAGGAGAUCCUCCACGAACUGAUCCUAGGGAAGCAGUAG